UCUGUGGUCCUCCAAGGGCGGCCCGGCUAUCCCGGCAUGCUCGGAGAGGGAGGCCGGUAAAGAGGUUUGUUUGUCCUUCAGAAGCGCCCGGAUACCCCUGUUCUCCGUCCGCGCCUCAGGGUCGCUGCCAUGGCCGGGACUUUGGCCCGUAGGGCCUUAGACUACCUCAGGAGCAAGGAUUUCCGCGACUAUCUCAUGAGCACGCACUUUUGGGGUCCUGUUGCUAACUGGGGGCUGCCCAUUGCUGCUUUUAGUGAUAUGAAGAAAACUCCAGAGAUCAUCAGUGGCAGAAUGACAUUUGCGUUGUGCUGCUACUCUCUGCUUUUCAUGCGGUUUGCCUACAAGGUACAGCCCAGAAAUUGGCUGCUUUUUGCCUGCCACUUCACUAACGAAACCGCGCAGCUCAUUCAGGGAGGCCGGCUGAUCAAAUACAAUGCUCAGAAGAAGAUGCAUUCCGAGUGAUGUCAGACUGCAGCACUUUAUCUUUACUAAAUCCAUAUGUUACCAACACACCCUGAUCUUACACUUUUUUAUGCACAAGAUUCUACAAAUCUGACCUAAGAUUCCGGAUGACUAAUUUUUCAAAGAUAUUUACUCCAAACUGUAUUUUGUAAUGUAAUUAAUUUUCAAAUUGUGUCCCUUUCUAAAAUUGCCUUAAAUUAAAUUUGACAAGCGUGUCAUCAUACAUGGAUUCUUAACAUUAGUCAUGUACAUACUUUUCCCUUUCGUUUGAAAUUGAUACCAACUGGUACUAUGUAUAGUAUUUGAUGAUAUUGCAAGAAAUGGUUUAUGAUCACGAGCAUUGACUUGUGUUGUAAUCAAUAUUUUGUUGGUAGAUCAAUGGUGUUUGCAGUUUUGAGCUGCUUUUAAUAAUGUCACGUACUAAACUGCUGUCAAUUAAAAGAUAUCAAAUUAGUCACCAAUAAACCGACCUAGCGUUUCUCCAAAAGCAAUUUUUGGCGUUAUAUAAAAAUGAGACUGAAUUACUUCUAAUAUUUGAGUUCUUCCAGCACUUGCCAUUAUUGAAUGGAAUGAUUGGUAAAACCAAAGGAGCCUGUCCUGUUAAACCAGUACAUAUGAAUGUAUGAAUUAGGAGCAGGAGUGGGCCACUCUGCCCCUCAAGCUUCCUCCACCAAGCUUCCUUCAAAAUAUCAUCACUGAUCUGAUUGCAGCCUUAACUCCACAUUCCCAGGUACCCCUGAUAAGCUUUCACCCCCUUGUUAAUCAAGAAUCUAUCUAGCUCUGCCUUAAAAAUUUUCAAAGACUCAGCUUCCACUGCCUUUUGAGGAAGAGUGCUCCAAAGACUCCUGACCCUCUGAGGAAAAAAUUUCUCCUUAUCCCUGUCUUUUGUGGAAUCUUGUACCGUUAGAGUUGGGGUUACAAUCAGAUCAGCCAUGUUCUUAUGCAUAAGUUGGGAAAGGGGGAAUACUAGCAGGCAAUCUACUCCACCCGCAGCGUGUUAUGGCAUAGAGCGAGUCGGCUUCUCGCUGACUUAUUCCAAAAGUAGGGGGGUUUGGGGUCAGCCAUCUGCACCCCCCUCUAAUAUGCAGCCCUAGGUUUCAAUAUGUGAUGUGCUGCGGUAAUUUGCUGAGGCAACUGUCCUUCUUAUGAAUUAUUACAAAUUUCACUGCAAUGAGCUCUGUCCAAUGUAGAGUGAAAAUAUUAUUUGCAUCUUUGCAAUAAAAUGUAAUUGCACCUUU